AUGAAGCCGUUCAUUCUAUAUUGUUUGAUCGGGCUUGGAGCUGCCUUGGAUCUUGCUCGAUCCCGCCCGACAAAAGAAUUCGAGCUCAAUUUGACUUGGGACAAAGGAGCGCCCGAUGGAGUUGAGCGUAAACAAGCCUUGAUCAAUGGCCAAUUCCCAGGACCUGCUCUUAUCUUUGACGAGGGCGACAACGUGGAGGUGACGGUGAACAAUUACUUGCCGUUUAACACGACCAUGCAUUGGCAUGGCAUUGAACAAGUAGGUACUUCGUGGUCAGAUGGUGUGCCGGGAGUCUCGCAAAAGCUCAUCCCCCCUGGUGGACGAUUCGUUGCUAAAUUCACUGCCACGCAAUAUGGCACAUACUGGUACCAUUCGCAUGUAUCAGGGCAAAUCAUGGAUGGUCUGUAUGGGCCGAUCUAUAUCAGACCUCAAAAUGUCCCCACCGAGCUGCUCAAUGCAGUAUCAAACGACACCCUAUCCCAUGCUCAAAUCAAGCAUGCGAUCGAAAAUCCCAAACUGCUCAUAGUCUCCGAUUGGUAUCAUAUCACCUCGAGGGAACUACGGCAUAUUGCAGUGGCAGCAGAUAUCGAUCCGAUCUGCGUGGAUUCUAUCUUGCUUAACGGCAAAGGGAGAGUUCACUGCGUUGACCCUGUCCAUUUGACUGGCCUGGUCCCCGAGUCGCAGCGUUUCAUUCUUCAGGGCAUGAACCUCACAGCGAAAGGAUGUCUUCCGUUGAAUAAUACAUUUGCUCAAACAUUCAAUGAGCAUGAUUACUCCGUAAUCCCACCAGAGCUGUUUGACGAAUGCAACGAAACAGAGGCAUUGGACGAAGUGAUCGAAGUUGAUCCCCUGCAGGGCUGGGCAAGCCUUAACCUCAUCAGUUCCGCAUCUACUUCCUUCCCGAGAGUCUCCAUCAACAACCAUACCCUCUGGGUCUACGAAGUCGAUGGUCAAUAUAUUGUACCAACCCAAGUUGAUGCGCUAACGAUCAAUAACGGCGCUCGUUACUCCGUCCUGAUUCAACUAAACAAGCAACCAGGCGAAUACCGAAUCACAGCCGCCAACGCAGGUCUAAACCAAAAGAUUGCCGGCUUCGGGACUCUAGCCUAUGUCAACGGCGAUUCCUCUAUAGUGGGCACGGCCUCAAUUGACUACAGUGGCCUCAGCGCAAAUGACAACGUUGUUCUGCUCAACGAAACAACGAUCAAGCCACUCAUCCCAAGUCAACCUAGCCCGGUAGCAAACGAGACCUACCUACUUCGGAUUGGCCGUAUUGAGCAUGCCUGGAAAUGGUCGCUCAAUGGAAACUACUCGUACAGUAUGGCUAUGCAGUCAGAGAAGCCUAUGUUGUGGGAUCCGGAAUCGUAUAAGGACAGUGAACUGGUGAUCUUCACUAAGAACGAUACUUGGGUGGAUCUUGUUUUCACGAUCAUUGGUACCCCGACGACGCUCCAACCUGGUCAUCCGCUCCACAAGCAUUCGAAUAAGGUUUAUGUGCUCGGCGCCGGUUCUGGCGAGUUCAACUGGACUUCUGUCGCAGAAGCUCAGAAGGAGAUUCCAGGAUCCUUUAAUCUGGUCGAUCCUCCCAUGCGAGAUACCUUUACGACAAACGCUGCUUUGCAGAGCUCAAACUGGCUGGCUGUUCGUUAUCAUGUGGAAAAUCCCGGAGCCUUCUUCCUCCACUGCCACCUUGACCCGCAUCUCACCGGUGGGAUGGCACUCGCGAUAUUAGACGGCGUCGACGAGUGGCCUAACAUCCCUGCGGAAUAUGGUCCGAAAGGUCAUUGGGGGCACGCCCCACGCCACAGCGAAAACAGUGCCGAUGAUGAUUGA